UCCAACAAACCAGGGUCCCCAAUGAAAGAAACCAAUAAAUCAAGUGCCAGGGAUGCUUCUAUAGCGGCUGCAAACCGUAAGAAGAUCGAAAAAGAUCGCCGGAAGAAACAAUACGAUGAUCUUCAAGUUCAAGGGACCAAUAACUCUUCGAUUGUAUCGAAGAGAUCAGUUGAGCUACUUUACUCGACUAAAUUACAACCAGAAUUAACAACCUGGUUCAAGUUUUUUGUGCCAAAGGGUAAAAGAAGAUCGCCAGCCAUUAAUCGGGGGUAUUGGAUUCGAAUGGAAUCAAUUAAAAGAUUGGUUAUGAAGAUUAUCAAUAAUAACCCCACCAAAAAAAUUAAUAUCAUAAAUUUAGGAUGUGGAUUUGAUCCACUACCAUUUCAGCUAUUAGAAAUAUAUUCAGAGACAAGGGACCACUUAUGCUUUCUUGAUAUCGAUUAUCCAGAGUUAUUAGAUAAUAAACUUGAACUAAUCAAAAAAUCCCCAGAAGUUUUAGAUAUACUUGAUGAUUUACAAGAAAUCACCAAAGAAGAACUGGAAUUGGGUAUGAAAUUAAAGUCAGCCAAUUACAAGAUAUUGGGAUGUGACUUGAAAAACGAAAAACUCUACCAAGAGCAGUUGGAAUCAAUGUGUGAACCAGAAUCAGUCAGCGUAUUCAUAGCCGAGGUUUCAUUGGCUUAUAUGCAUCAUCAAGAUGCAAAUAAAAUCAUUGAUAUCUCAAGUAAGUUACCCAACAGUCAUUUCUUGAUCUUAGAACAAAUAUUGCCUGUUGAUAAACAUCAUUCAUUUGCAAAAAAGAUGUUAUACCAUUUCGAACAUUUACGGUCCCCCUUAAAAUGCGUUGAACAUUAUCCCAAAAUUGAAAACCAAAGAGAACGGUUUAGCCAGUGGUUCCACUUUAUUGAAAUCCAUGACUUAUUACAAAAUUGGAACUUAUUAAUUGAUGCUGAUACCAAGGGUAAAGUUAAACAAAUUGAAGAAUUCGACGAAUGGGAAGAGUUUAUUGUGUUUUGUCAGCAUUAUACCAUAGUCCACGCAACCAAUCAAGACUCAGUCAGCUUGUACCAGAAACAAACAAUCAUGCCACCUCCGAAGUUCACCGUUGACCCAACGCCAAUCGAGGUCAGAGUUGAUGAAAAUACAUCACUAGAAUUGAAAUUUGCUGCAAGUGCGUUGCAUCACGGUAAAAUUAUCAUCCAUGGAGGGCUAGCCCAAACUCGUACAAACCAGGUAUUAAGCUAUGACUAUAUCACUGGCCAAACGACGCCUCUUGAAACAAUCAACCCACCAAGUGCCAGAAUGUGCCAUACGGUUACGCCAAUUGCCAAUGGACAAUUAUUGAUGGUCGGGGGUCGCGGCAGACCUCAUCAGACUUUUGCCGAUGUUUACAAACUUACUGAUAAUGCAUGGGUUCAAAUGAAAUCUCUACCUAACGGUCGAUCAAGACACAGUGCAGUUAGUGUUGCCAAUGGGAACUACGUACUUAUAUGUGGAGAUGGCGAUGGUUGCGAAAAAGACGAUAUUUUCCAAAUGUAUAACGUUGAACAGAACACUUGGAUCUCAUUGCAACAAGAACACGAGGUGAUCCCUCCGGUGUCAAGCAGCUCAAUGGUGAUGACCGGAGAAUACACUGGAGUUAUAUACGGGGGUAUGAUUGAAGACGUGACACCUGAAAUUAAUUAUUCAAUUUACGAGUUUGAAAUCAAUAUUGCCAACCACCAAAUUAGACUAACUAAACUCGAUUCAAAUCUACAAUUUGGUAGAAUCGGCAGCCAAUCCUUGGUCAAAGAGAAUAAACUUUACGUAAUAGGUGGUAUACUAAAAGAAAAACCCACUGACAGAUUCGACAGCAUAAUAACUUAUGAUUUAAUCCGCAAACAGUUUUCCUCAACUGAUUUUGGCUCGGACAUAUGGACCCAUCGGUCUCCCACCAUGAUUGGCUUCAAUCUAGUCACGUUGCCAGACCAAAACCAAGCCUGUAUCGUUGGAGGAGGUGGUGUUUGUUACUCUUUUGGCAGUAGUUAUAAUUCAAUCUACUUGAUCAAAUAUUAAUCAACUCACACAAUAAAGAGGCUGCAAUCGGCAGAAAAUCGCCCCAGAAACUAAUCCCCAAUCAGCCGAUUACCACCACGGGAAAAGAGACUCUUUCCCCAAGGACUCCGGCCGAGUUAAACAACGAGAUCCUUAGAUUAUAAAUAAAAUUAGUUUCUUACAAAUUAUCAUGUCAUUGUAUGUACUUAUUUUAGUGUUUUUUAACCACCUUACAUUUCUCGUUAUUAUUUAGUCCCUUUUGUAUGGGGUAAUAACUAAUGGUAAGUUCGGCUAUCCAGAUUAUUCUGGUGGAUUCUAGCUAAAUC